CGGAGCAGAGCGCCACCGACCGGGGUUAGGACUGCUCUUAGUUGACUGCCGAUGUCAGACCGGAACAGUCAGUCAGCCGGUAAACGCAGCGUGAAAUUCGCUUGCGACGGGCGCACGUAAGUUGAGUAAUCCAUCCGCCGCGCGACAAAAGGGAGGUGCCGAUAUCGCAACAUCGCUCCGGCUGGAUCACGGAACGAAGGGGCACGCGCGUAUGCUGGAGUCCCGUAUCGAACGCGCGGGGUUGAUGUCGCAUAAUGCGAUACCCAUCGCAAUGUUCAACCGGCAGCAUCGAUACGACGUUGAGCGAAGUUGGUUUCGGUUGGUUACAGUUGUUGUGUCUGAUAGUGAAUUUGCAGAAUUUCAGAAAUAGCUUUGCAAAACGGGAGAUAACAAAGGAAUCGCCCAGCGGCGGUGGUGCGUUAGAUUAGUGGACAGUGAGAAGAAGCACGACGGAUACUAACAGCAACAGUUCACGACUUUUGUGAUAAGAAGUGAUUAAUUUACCUGUCAGCAGGAAACAAUGUACAUGCGAAUAUGAGUACCCAUGUUUACUCAAGUAAUAAGCGAAUGUAUCGCGAAAAGUUGUUAUUUGAACGAGGAUGUUUUCCAGCCAAUAUCUUGACACGAUAAAUCAAUUCAAAGGCGAAUAAGCUAGAUCAAAGUAACCUAUCCCAUUCCAGUGGAGCUCCAUGCCGAGACCUGCAUCGCCAUCUGGACUCAACAACACCGGUAAGGACAAUCUAGAUCAAAACAUAAUCGUCAUCGUAGGAUGGAAACAAGGACAUAAAAUCUCCACCCCCCCCCGAAAACGAAAUAACAAAAGCAGGUCAGCGAGCUCCAGCCAAAGCUCAGCCAGAAGUUGAUUCUAGCACGUACCCAAGUGCCAAGUGGGGAAACUCCUCAAAGGGCAUUAGAAGUGGCGGCGGUCUGAUUUACCCCACGACGACAGCACACAACACACGCCUGCCUCAGAAUGGCGACGACGAUUAAGAAUGAAAAUAUACAAAUAAGUGAUAAUGGUGGACCAAAGACGACGGUGGCCGCCGCCGCCGCAGCAGCAGCACUAAUACAUCCACUGGCACCGAUGGCGACGGCAAUGACGAUGGCCACCGCUCCUCUCGAGGUGCGAGACGAGACGUCCCAAAACGAGAAAUCAGUUCACACUCAGCCAUCGCAGCCGUCGAAACGACAACCGGGAUUACGCGCGUGGUUCCGCAAAUCGAACACUUGUGGCAGUUUGUACGUGAAGUGUAGCUGCAAUAACGGGCUCCCAUCUGGGGAAUCGCCGCACGCCGGUUCGGAAGGGGACGGAACGGCCAAGGGCAUAGCAGAGGGCAGCCAACGGCACCACAGUCAUCACCACAGUACUAGGCCCAUUUCAACCUCGGAGAAGGACUUUAGGAAGAUCAAGGUUUUGCACGCAUUCGCGCAUCCGGACACAACGACUGUGUUCACCGACAAAAAUAAGUACGCCAGCAAUUUAGGGGAAUCGCCGACACGGGCCUUGAUCACGUCUGCUUUAUCCGGCGAAUUUGAAAUAGUUCACUCGACACAUUCCAAGAGAUUGUCUGCUCCAAAUUUUAAAGCAGAUUACGCAUUUCAUCCUGAAUUUGUGCUCAAUAAACUUACACCCAAACCGAACGGACUGAUUCAGGUGGAGAAAACUCCCUCCAUUAGCAUUCCAUCGCCGAGGAAGUCAUUUCUCAAAAAGAGCUCCAAAAGCUAUCCGGGAUUGUCCCCAUCUGACAGUAGCGUAGAUUCGAUCGGACGAUCGUUGGCACACAACUAUUCCGCAUCUUCUAGUGUAGACGAAGUAACUGAAGAGGAAGAGCAAGGAGUGCACCAAAGUAGUGAAGAGUUUCCAAGUUCGCAGGACUCGUACAUAUCGUUCAGUGCAAAGCCAGAACCUCCAGGGAAUUCAUUCAGUAACAGCAAUAUCCAGGAGCUUUCGCUCAAAUAUGCAGCAAUCAAGGCUGUCGAAGAACAGGAUGUCCAUGAGCAAUCUUUGACGAAGCAAGCGGAAGAAAUCGCGAGUGAUAGUAACGGUCAGUUGAAAGAUAGCAUCAGCAGAAAGGAUUCCGCCAUCCAAUGCUGCAGUGAUAGUGCUUGUGAUAGUGAUAACUCUAGCAAUAAUACUUGCAACAGCUCCAGCAGCAGCCCGAAAAGUCCCCCCUCUCUGCUGCAGCAGUUCAGUCGGGCGUUUGUUUCCUCCGCCCCAGGAUCCCCAAUCGCAUCGACACCGACACCGCCGCUAGACCGUUCCGCACAGGAGUUUUUCAUCCAGUCCGGCAUCCUCGGACCAAUGGGCAAUGGAUCGUCGGUGCUCAUGCGGAAGACCUCCAAGAUCGUUCCGAACGUGGACGGUCCGGUUAAGGAGAGGAUUCGCAAAAACUCCAAACUGAUGUUCGGUAAACGUACCAACCUACUGAGCAACGGCAAUCGGCGCAAGUCCAUUCCACCGGAAAACAACUGUGAUAGCUUCCAGUCGUACGGAAGCACCCCCACGCUGGGCAAUGAUAUCAAAAGCAAACCGCUCGAGGACGAAAUCCUAUACCUGCGGCAGCAGCUGAAAGUUCGCGACGAGGAGAUCAGUAAACUCAAACGGGAGAUCGAUAAACUGAAGAGUGUACUCCAGCAGACGACCACGAGCAGCUUGGAUCGAUCACAGAAUGUAGGAAACGACGGGGGAGAAGCAGAUGGGGCUCCAACAUCCAGCCCGAAGGUACAAACGGUUGAGGGUGACCUGCUGUCCAGUAUACAGACAAACUACGUAAUGGCCGGUCAGCAGUUGCCCAUGUCCGAAUUGUAUGGCAUCACCGGCAAAGGCUUCAAGCUGGCCCACUCAAAUCAAGCCCCCGGAUCCGUCGAAGGGUCCUUCCGACAGAAUAAAGGCGCUACACUCAUGGCAAUGAAAAAGCAAGGCGUUUCAGGCGAAAGUUGUGAACUUAUGAGCAGUCAUUCGGAUAUCAAGAUUCCCAAAUACGAAAAAGAUUAUAGUGCGAAGCAGCUCAUCAAGGAUGCCAUUCUGGAGAACGACUUCUUCAAGAACAUCGACUCGCUGCAGAUUCGCGAAAUCGUCGACUCGAUGUACAGUCGUGAGUAUCGCUCCGGGGAGUACGUGAUUCACGAGGGACAGGCCGGAUCGCAUCUGUACGUGUCGGCCGCCGGGGAGUUCGAAGUGCUGAAGGACGGCAAGUUCCUCGGGUUGAUGGGCCCUGGGAAGGCCUUCGGCGAGUUGGCCAUUCUUUACAACUGCACCCGCACGGCAUCGAUUCGAGUGUUAAGUGACUCGCGAGUGUGGGUGUUGGACCGACGUGUCUUUCAGCAGAUAAUGAUGCGAACCGGGUUGCAAAGGAUAGAGGAAAACGUGAACUUUUUGCGAUCGGUGCCACUGCUGAAGAAUUUGAGUAACGACGUACUUACAAAGAUUGCCGAUGUGUUGGAAGUGGAAUUCUACCCAGCGGGAGCAUACAUAAUCCGCCAGGGAGCUGCCGGUGAUUCGUUCUUCCUCAUCAGUCAGGGCACGGUAAAGGUGACUCAACGUCUGCCGGGAGGCUCCGUCGAGGAGGAGAUACGCAUCCUGGGCCGCGGGGAGUACUUCGGCGAGAAGGCCCUCAUCAAGGAGGACAAACGGACGGCCAACAUCAUCGCGAUGGCCCCGGGCGUCGAGUGCCUCACGCUGGACCGAGAGUCCUUCACCAAACACAUCGGAGACCUGUGCGAGCUGCACGAGAAGGACUACGGCGACGAGCAGCGGGUGCUGGCAUUCCGCAAUCUGGAAAACAAUAACCGACCGUCGUCCCUGGAUACCGUCAAACCAGAACUGAUGGAUGUCGAAUUGAGAGAUCUGAACGUGGUUGGCACGCUCGGAGUGGGCGGAUUCGGACGCGUGGAACUAGUCAAACUGGAGCGAAGCGGUGUGGUGCAGGUGUUCGCCCUUAAGUGCAUGAAGAAAAAACACAUCGUCGACACCAAACAGCAGGAGCACGUGUUUAGCGAGAGGAAAAUUAUGCUGGCUUGCCACAGUCCGUUCAUUACGCGACUGUACCGGACCUACCGGGACGAUAAAUUCGUGUACAUGCUGCUGGAGGCUUGUUUGGGGGGCGAGGUUUGGACGAUCCUGCGGGACAGGUUGUACUUUGAGGACGCGACCGCCAAAUUUAUUGUGGGGUGUGUGCUGAAGGCGUUCGAGUUUUUGCACGCUCGGGGGAUCGUGUAUCGGGAUCUGAAGCCGGAGAAUUUGCUGCUGGAUUCCAAAGGAUAUGUGAAGCUGGUGGAUUUCGGAUUUGCCAAGUUUAUUGGCUAUAGUAGUAAGACAUGGACGUUUUGUGGAACGCCAGAAUACGUAGCACCGGAGAUAGUGCUAAACAAAGGUCACGAUCGCUCGGUGGACUAUUGGGCGCUUGGAGUGCUCAUACACGAACUGCUGACGGGAAUACCGCCCUUCGCUGCAGCCGACCCAAUGAAAACGUACAACAUCAUCCUGAAGGGCAUCGACAUGGUGAACUUCCCGAAGCACAUGUCCCGUGGGGCAGUCAGCCUGAUCAAACGACUCUGCCGGGAUAUCCCCACGGAACGGUUGGGCUACCAGCGAGGUGGCAUCCAGGAUAUUAAGAAGCACAAAUGGUUCCAAGGCUUCGACUGGGAAGGCCUCACCAAUCAAACGCUCAAAUCUCCACUGCAACCGAAACUCAAAGGUCCGCUGGACAUGUCCAACUUCGACGUGUUUCCAGCGGACACCAGCGUGCCUCCGGACGAGGUAUCCGGUUGGGACGAGGAGUUCUAAUUGUAUAUAUGAUGAGCAAUAUAGGUGCAGUAUAAUGAUGCUAAUCAGAUGCGUCAGAGUAUCUUCAAAUGAUGAGCUUUACCCAAAAAACAAAUCUAGAUGAUAUGUUAGAAAUUAGAGUCACCAGGUUGACUUGUAGGAACCUCAAGGCCUUAGAUUAUGUUAGGAGCUAUGUAUAUUAAAUUUCUCAAAUUGUUUGUAGAGUCGCGCACGAUUUAUGUGUCCCUCUUAAUAAAGUACUUGACUAUUUUGAUGAGCUUUA